AGCUACAAAUUUGGUGCUUUCGGAACUGGGCCUUGGGGUGAAAUUGGGAGCGGGAUCGAGAGCGGUAAUCUGUAUCUUUCCUCCUCGUAUCUCAGUUUCUUUUUUCUCCUAUCUGGAAGAAAAUUGCUACCGUCAAAUUUUUCUUAAAAAAUAGAACGAAAAUUCGAUCUCGUCUUCGCAAUGGCGGCGAUCUACAGUCUCUUCAUCAUCAACAAAUCCGGCGGUCUCAUAUUCUACAAGGAUUAUGGAUCGGCUGGGCGGAUGGACACGAAUGAUAGCUUGAGGCUGGCGAGCUUGUGGCACUCGAUGCAUGCGAUCUCGCAGCAGCUAUCCCCCACCCUCGGAUGCAACGGGAUUGAGCUCCUCCAGGCCGACACCUUCGAUCUCCACUGCUUCCAAUCCCUCACUGGUACAAAAUUUUUUGUUGUUUGCGAGCCUGGCGCACAACACAUGGAAGGUCUGCUAAAAGUUAUCUAUGAGUUGUACACGGAUUAUGUUCUGAAGAACCCUUUCUAUGAAAUGGAGAUGCCAAUCCGUUGUGAACUUUUUGAUAUGAACCUUUCUCAAGCAAUCCAGAAAGACCGUGUUUCUCUGUUUGGGCGUUGAAAAAGAAGCCCUGGCUUUAGUCUUUUAGUUGUUGGUUUCCCAAACUUUUUCAUUCAAGUUUGUUAAUGUGGAUAAUUGUAUUGUUAAUCAAUAUGAAUGAAUCUGAGCACUUCUUGUUUGGUGAAAGAAAGAUGCGCCUCAAAUUUUCAAAA